AUGCCGGGUACUUUUACGAACUACUUCAGAACUAUAUUAUUAUGUUUGCUAACAGCAGUGUUCAUGAAAGUGUACUAUCCAGACGCUAUAUGCCAACUGUAUGGGUCGGGCACUUCAUUAACUAAAAUUGCUUGGGUAGAUGGCCAUGGCGAGAAGCCUCUUUCAACGUAUAUGACGCAUAUUGUGGAAGUUCUGGAGAUUAUAGGAUACAAGAUUGUAACUGGCGAGGAAGCAAAAUCGUCAGCAUGGACUGUUAUGUGGAUUCACGAAUACUCGCUUAUAAAGCCUGUUUAUAUGGAAAGCAUAAUGAGAGCUACUCCCGCUCAAACAGUGAAUCAUGUACCGGGAUCAGGAUAUUAUACGAGCAAAGUUUCUCUAGCUACCAGUAGUCUCUCCAGAGGAGUUCCUGAAGCAUUUAGCUUGCCAGGCGAAAAAGAAAAGUUCUUAAACUUUGCCAAAGAUCAUGAGGACUAUCUUUGGGUACAAAAGGACAAUUCCCAUAGAAACAUAAAAAUUACUAAUUUCAAUGAAUUGGAUUUAACUCGGACCAAUUCCUUUGUUCAGCGUUUCAUUGAGAACCCGCUGCUCAUUGACGGCAGAAAAUUUGAUAUCGGCGUUUAUACAGUAGUUACUUCAUUGAAACCAUUGAAGGUAUAUCUUUACACUGGAGAUGUCAUAAUCAGAUUCUGCCCACAUGCAUAUGAGCCAUUUGAUGCUUCUGAUGUUGAUAAAUAUGUUGUGGGAGAUGAUUAUACACCAAUUUGGGAAAUUGAAUCACUGAAAGAGUUUUUCACAAUUCAUAAGAUGGGAUGGAGACAAACGUUGGAUACGUAUUUGAUUCAGAAAAAUAUGAAUCCCAUGAUCAUCUGGGAACAGAUAGGAACUAUCAUAGCAGAAGUUUUUCAAUCAAAACAAUUGGAUAUGUUGAGUCAAUCUGAGUUUCUCAACAUACCUACAAAAUACUUUGAGCUUAGUCGCUUUGAUUUCAUUGUGGAUGACAGCUUGAAUGUUUUCUUAAUGGAGGCGAGUGAAGCUUAA